AGAAGUCCAAACACAAAAACAUAAAGUCUUUAUUUUACCUUUUAACCCCUUCAAAAAUCAUCGUUUAAUUUCAGUGCCCUCUUACUUUGUCCAUAUCUCUCUACUCCUCUGUUUCUUGGCCUUCUCUAGUCAGCUCUUCUCCUAUCUUCGUCUUUAUCAGAAAGAGUGAAUGGAGCUGUGGACAGAAGCUAGAGCCCUAAAGGCAAGUCUGAGAGGUGAAGCUAUAAAGCAUCAGGUGACUGUGUCAUCUGAGGAAUUAAGCCGAACUUCUUCUGCUGAAGAUUUCUCCGUUGAAUGUUUUCUAGAUUUCUCAGAAGAAGGUCAAGAAGAAAAACUUGUCUCAGUUACUUCUUCACAAGAAGAACAAGAACAAGAUUGUUGUAUCUAUAGUUCACAACCUUGCAUCUUUGAUCAACUUCCUUCUUUGCCGGAUGAAUAUGUGGAAGAGCUUGAAUGGGUAUCUCGUGUUGUGGAUGAUUGUUCAUCACCAGAAGUCUCACUUCUCCUCACACAAACCCACAAAAUCAAACCAAACUUCUCAUCUUCAAUUCCAGUUAAACCAAGAACCAAACGGUCUCGGAACAGCUUAACCGGUGACCGGGUUUGGCCACUCGUUUCAAAAAAUCAACAUGCAAAUGGAGAGCAUGGGAGGAAGGAGAAAAAAGAAAUAGCCGUUGGGUUUCAAAGAAGAUGCAGCCAUUGUGGCACAAACAACACACCUCAGUGGAGAACCGGUCCGGUCGGUCCAAAAACGUUAUGUAAUGCAUGUGGAGUCAGGUUUAAGUCCGGUCGACUCUGUCCGGAAUACAGACCAGCGGAUAGUCCGACGUUCUCUAGUGAGAUCCACUCAAAUCUUCAUAGAAAGGUUCUGGAGUUGAGAAAGAGUAAAGUGUUGGUUGAAGAGACAGGUGAAGCUACUCCUAAAUCAGACCAAGUCAAAUUUGCCAGUAACGCGGUAGAUAGGACUUAGGUAAAACUAAACCUCUAGCUAAACCUACUUUUAACAUUAUCUUUAGUGUUUUAAUCUAGCAACUUGCUCCAUAACAAUGGAAGCUGUUUUGGAAUUAGUCUAUAAAAAAUGUUUCUUCUAUGAACAAGAUUAUGUAUUUUUUUA